GGGGCUUCCUACCCGUGUACAUGACCCUACUGGAGAGCUCUCCACGGUACUCUUUCCAAGAUUCCCAUCUGCAUUCUGUAAUCUUCUCUUAGGAGUACCCUAAUAAUAUAUAGAAGAUCCGGUGGCCGAGAGAAACGCAGCAGCAGCAAAAAACAGAAAUUAUGAAACAAAGCUAAGUUUGGUUGUUCUGUAUAUCAAAAUCCUCCCAUCAAUUCCAAAGAUCAGUUGUGAUGGUCUUUACUGUUAGAUGGUGAAACAAUGACAAAAGUCAGGGAUAGGACUGAGGAUUUUAAAGAUGCAGUGAGGCAGGCUGCUGUUUCUUUGGGGUACAAUGAGUCAAAAUUGGCAGCCAUUUUGGCAUCUUUCAUUAUUCAUAAACCUCGACAGCACUUACCUUUUACCAAGGCUGCAAUAACAACGCUCGAAAGCAUUGGAACCUUGCAACAGUUUAUAAUAAAGCAUCGGAAAGAUUAUGUGGAUCUCCACCGAACAACUGAACAGGAGAGGGAUAGUAUUGAACAUGAAGUUAUGGCAUUUAUCAAAGCAUGUAAAGAACAAAUUGAUUUUCUUAAAAAUAGCAUAAAUGAUGAAGAAGCAAACACUAAGGGUUGGCUUGGCAUUAGAGGCCACAUUGCCAAUACUGAUACUGUAGCACACAAGCAUGGGGUGGUUUUGAUUCUAAGCGAGAAACUCCAUUCAGUAACAGCACAGUUUGAUCAACUAAGAGCCAUACGGUUCCAAGAUGCUAUUAAUAAAAGGAUGCCAAGAAGAAAACCUAACCGAGUUGCAAAUCCAAGUUCCACAGAUUCAUCUAAAAUGAACAAUUCAGAGCUUGGGAAACCUGAUGAAAUUCAAUCAGAGCCUCUUAGAGUUCAGCAGCAAUUAUUGGAUGAUGAAACUCGUGCACUUCAGGUAGAGUUGAGCAGUCUUCUAGAUGCGGUUCAACAAACUGAAACUAAAAUGGUGGAGAUGUCUGCAUUGAAUCAUCUAAUGUCCACACAUGUUCUACAACAAGCACAGCAGAUAGAGCUUCUUUAUGAACAGGCAGUUGAAGCCACGAAGAAUGUUGAGCUUGGUAAUAAAGAGUUGUCUCAAGCUAUACAGCGGAAUAGCAGUAGCAGGACCUUUCUCUUGCUUUUUCUGUUUGUUCUUACUUUUUCAAUCCUCUUUCUUGAUUGGUAUAGUUAAAGGGAUCUUGUAUCAUCCCAUAUCAUGUACAUUUAGACUAGUGCUUUCCCUUAUUGUUCUACUGACGAAAAAAAAAAAAAAAAGAGAGGAGUGAAGAUAGAUUGAAAUUGGAGCAAAUUGGUCUUGGCAUUUUCUAGUAAUUUUGACGCAAUGACUUGGUCUUAGCAAA